AUGCGCCCGACUCUGACUCACAUCUGCUACUGCUACCUUUUUUACCAGCUGGGAGUAUUUUCGAAUGGGAUCGUUUCAGGGCUGCAUUUCACCCCCGAACACGAGGAGUGGGAAGUCGUGUUUCCUGCACUCUGGCGCCGGGAGUCAGUGGAAGCAACUAUAGGCGGCAGUGGGGGCAGCGCGGACCAGAACUGGGUGCGUGGUGUUGCCGGCGGCAGGGUGCAGGCUGCUGGCAGCUCUCGAGAGGUGCGCUCUGUGGCCCCCGUGCCGCUGGAAGAGCCCUCAGAGGGCCAGUCUGAGCCCCAGCCCCGGCCCCCCCCACCUCCUGGGGUGGAGGAGGAUGAGGAACUGGAAUCUCAGGAGCUGCCUCGGGGAUCCAGUGGGGCUGCUGCCCUGUCUCCCGGUGCCCCAGCUUCGUGGCCGCCACUGCUGUCCCCACAGCCGCCCCCAUCCCCACCUCCGGCUCAGCAAGCCCAGCAUGAUGGCGAUGAAGUGUUGCUGCGGAUCCCAGCCUUCUCCAGGGACCUAUACCUGCUACUCAGGAGAGAUGGCCGCUUCUUGGCACAGGGCUUUGCAGUAGAACAGUGGCCGAGUCUGGGCCCUGGCCCCACGCGGGCAGCAGCUGUCUUGCGUCCUCCGGUGCCACCAGACACAGCCUGCUUCUAUACCGGGGCGGUUCUGGGGCACCCUGGUUCCCUGGCCUCUUUCAGCACCUGUGGAGGUGGCCUGAUGGGAUUUAUACAGCUCAAUGAGGACUUCAUAUUUAUUGAACCACUCAAUGAUACAGUGGCCAUUACGGGUCACCCACACCGUGUAUAUAGGCAGAAAAGGUCCAUGGAGGAAAAAGCCAAAGAGGAAUCACCUCCUCACAGUCCUUCCUGUGGUGUCAUUUCAGAUAAAGGAAGAACUAGAUCUAAAAAAAUAACAGAAAGUGGAAGAGGGAAACGAUAUUCAUACAAAUUACCUCAGGAGUACAACAUAGAGACUGUAGUGGUCGUAGAGCCAGCAAUGGUUUCCUAUCAUGGAGCAGACGCGGCCAGGAGAUUCAUUCUAACCAUCUUAAAUAUGGUUUUUAACCUUUUCCAACACAAGAGUCUUGGUGUGCAGGUCAAUCUUCGUGUGAUAAAGCUUAUUCUGCUCCAUGAAACUCCAGCUGACCUAUAUAUUGGGCACCAUGGAGAGAAAAUGCUGGAGAGUUUCUGUAAGUGGCAACAUGAAGAAUUUGGCAGAAAGAAUGACAUCCAUUUAGAGAUGUCCACAAACUGGGGAGAAGACCUGACAUCUGUAGAUGCAGCUAUACUUAUAACAAGGAAAGAUUUCUGUGUACACAAAGAUGAACCAUGUGAUACUGUUGGUAUAGCUUACUUGAGUGGAAUGUGUAGUGAAAAAAGAAAAUGCAUUAUUGCUGAAGACAAUGGCCUUAAUCUUGCAUUUACUAUUGCUCAUGAAAUGGGUCACAACAUGGGCAUCAACCAUGACAACGACCACCCAUCCUGUGCUGACGGUCUCCAUAUCAUGUCUGGAGAAUGGAUUAAAGGACAAAACCUUGGUGAUGUUUCAUGGUCUCGAUGUAGUAAGGAAGAUUUGGAAAGAUUUCUCAGGUCCAAGGCCAGUAACUGCUUGCUUCAGACAAAUCCCCAGAGUGUCAAUUCUGUGAUGGUUCCCUCCAAGUUGCCAGGGAUGACAUACACUGCUGAUGAACAAUGUCAGAUUCUGUUUGGGCCACUGGCUUCCUUUUGUCAAGAAAUGCAGCAUGUUAUUUGUACUGGAUUAUGGUGCAAGGUAGAAGGUGAGAAAGAAUGCAGAACCAAACUAGAUCCACCAAUGGAUGGAACUGAUUGUGACUCUGGUAAGUGGUGUAAGGCUGGAGAAUGUAGCAGCAGGACAUCAGCCCCUGGACAUGCGGCCGGAGAGUGGAGCGUGUGGAGUCCAUGUAGCCGGACCUGCAGUUCUGGGAUCAGCGGUCGCGAGCGCAGAUGUUCUGGGCGAGGUUCUGAAGCAAGGGAUUGUAAUGGUCCCAGAAAACAGUACAGAGUAUGUGAGAAUCCACCUUGUCCUGCAGGUUUGCCUGGAUUCAGGGACUGGCAAUGUCAGGCCUAUAGUGUUAGAACUUCGUACCCAAAGCAUGUACUUCAGUGGCAAGCUGUUAUGGAUGAAGAAAAACCUUGUGCCUUGUUUUGCUCACCUGUGGGAAAAGAACAGCCUAUUCUCUUAGCAGAAAAAGUGAUGGAUGGGACUUCUUGUGGAUAUCAAGGAUUAGAUAUCUGUGCAAAUGGCAGGUGCCAGAAAGUUGGCUGUGAUGGUUUCUUAGGGUCUCUUGCAAGGGAAGAUCACUGUGGGGUAUGCAAUGGCAACGGAAAAUCGUGUAAAAUCAUCAAAGGAGAUUUUAAUCAUACCAGAGGAGCAGUCUUCAUAGCUCUCCGAGACACUGGAAAACAGUCUAUUAAUAGUGACUGGAAGAUUGAACAUUCCGGAGCAUUCAACUUAGCAGGAACUACAGUCCACUAUGUCAGACGAGGCCUCUGGGAGAAGAUCUCUGCCAAAGGUCCUACUACAUCACCUUUACACCUGCUGGUGCUGCUGUUUCAAGACCAGAAUUAUGGUCUGCACUAUGAAUACACUGUCCCAUCCGACCCUCUUCCAGAGAAUCAGAGCUCUAAAGCACCUGAGCCCCUUUUCAUGUGGACACACACAGGCUGGGAAGAUUGUGAUGCCACAUGCGGAGGAGGGGAAAGGAGGACAACGGUGUCUUGUACAAAAAUCAUGAGCAAAAAUAUCAGCAUCGUGGACAACAAGAAAUGCAAAUACUUAACCAAGCCAGAGCCACAGAUUCGAAAGUGCAACGAGCAGCCGUGCCAGACCAGGUGGAUGAUGACAGAAUGGACUCCAUGUUCAAGAACUUGUGGGAAAGGAAUGCAGAGCAGACAAGUGGCCUGUACGCAACAGCUGAGCAACGGGACACUGAUCAGAGCCCAGGAGAGGGACUGUGCGGGGCCAAAGCCGGCCUCUGCCCAGCGCUGCGAGGGCCAGGACUGCAUGACUGUGUGGGAGGCGGGGGUGUGGUCUGAGUGUUCAGUCAAGUGCGGCAAAGGCAUACGCCAUCGGACUGUGAGGUGUACUAAUCCUAGAAAGAAAUGUGUCCUCUCCACCCGACCCAGAGAGGCUGAGGACUGUGAGGACUACUCAAAAUGCUAUGUGUGGCGAAUGGGUGACUGGUCUAAGUGCUCAAUUACCUGUGGCAAAGGAAUGCAGUCCCGUGUUGUCCAGUGCAUGCAUAAGAUAACAGGAAGACAUGGAAAUGAAUGUUUUUCUUCAGAAAAACCUGCAGCUUACAGGCCAUGCCACCUUCAACCCUGCAAUGAGAAGAUUAAUGUCAAUACAAUAACAUCACCCAGACUGGCUGCUCUGACUUUCAAGUGCCUGGGAGACCAGUGGCCUGUAUACUGCCGAGUGAUACGUGAGAAGAACUUGUGUCAGGACAUGCGAUGGUACCAGCGCUGCUGUGAGACAUGCAGGGACUUCUAUGCCCAGAAGCUACAGCAGAAGAGUUGA